UUGACGGGAGUAGAACGUGUGUUUGGUGUGAUUGAUACUAUACAUUGUGUCUAAAAAGUGCUAGUGAAAGUUUCGAAGUAUCUUCUCUCAUACAUAUGAAGAGUAUCUAUUUUCGCAUUGGCACGUGGUCUGGCUGAAACUGACAUUCAAGUGAAUAAUGAUUGUAAGAUUUGUGAAAUUGUUUUGAUACAGUGAAUUUUGAAUUGUCAUCAUCAAAUAUGUUGAGGUCAAGCUGAUUUUGAUAGCCGAAUGAACAUUGUCGUCACUGUGAUUAGGAAGUCCGUCGUAUGAUUUUUCUAAAAGCAACAACAAAGUGCAUUAUUCAGCACAUCUUUAUCAACAGAUCGUUACUUAGUCUGGUGGCGGUUGCAGCCGUUGAUAGUGGAGCGUGUGGAGCACGAGCAGCAUCCGGUACCACGGUUAUAGUCACUCCAGAUACUAGCAUGACAAAUCAAGAUAAAAAUAAACGUGUUGCUCAGGCAGCGGAAAUCCUGAAUAAUUCAGACAUUGUUUGCUUCGAUGUCGAUUCAACUGUGAUAAGAGAAGAAGGAAUUGAUGAAUUAGCAAGAUACUGUGGUAAGGGUACGGAGGUAGCCCGUCUAACUAAAGAAGCUAUGAAAGGAUCUGUGACGUUCCAAGAUGCAUUGAAAUUGAGAUUAGAUAUUAUACGGCCAACACAAAGACAAAUUCGUGAAUUCAUCAAAUCACAUCCUAGCACUCUAUCACCUGGAAUAAAAGAUUUAGUCAAUUACGUCAGAAAUAAUGGGUCAUCGGUUUACUUGAUAUCAGGCGGAUUUGACUGCCUCAUAGAGCCAGUCGCCAUCGAAUUAGGAAUACCCUUGACGAAUGUUUUUGCCAAUAAACUACUGUUCUAUUUUAAUGGCGAAUAUGCUGGUUUCGACACAAAUCAACCAACAUCACGAUCAGGCGGUAAGGGUGAUGCUAUAUUACAAAUUAGACAAAUACAUCCAGAAUCAAAUAUCACAAUGGUUGGGGAUGGAGCUACAGAUCUAGAAGCUUCCCCACCAGCAAAUAAUUUUAUUGGAUAUGGUGGAAAUGUCGUUCGAAAUGAGGUACAAACACGCGCCCAAUAUUAUGUGACAGAUUUCAGACAACUAAUGCAACCAGAUAAUUGCACCUUUAAGAAUUUAAACCAGAACAACUCAUAAUUUGAUAUACUAUUAGAUUGUAUCAAGAAAAACUGUUGAAAUUCGUGUUUCCAGUAGAUCUGUGAAGUAGAUGUAUAUGCAAUUACAAACAUUCACUACGAUGAGUUCUCCGCCAUUGAUUGAAUCCGCUGCCCUUAUUUUGAAAGCUUGAAUGGAAUGGUUCAGCAGUAUUCAGUUGAAUUAUGUAUAAUGAUAUUUAUUUGUUUAGAAAAUAAAUUACUAUAUGAAUUAUAA